UCCAGCCAGGCUCUCCCUGCACUGUGCCACUCCAGAGUGCUGCGCUCCCACGGCUGGGAAUCCAGCUGCCCUGCACUCUCUCCAAGCCCCGCUGUUUGGUCGAUCGAUUGGAUGGGCAGAGGCACUUCAGGGGCAGCUGAGAGUGCUUAUUAAACAGGGUGCAGUUUCCAAGUAAGAGCCCUAAGAGCUUUGCCAGAGGAUAGCACCAUGGUGAGGAACAUUGAUGACUUCGAUUUCUCGCUCCCAUCCCACCCCCAGGCCAUCCUGGAAGGCCUGCGGAGCCUGCGCUCCAAUCCAAAGCUCUCCGAUGUCACGCUGCUUGUAGAUGGGCAUGAGUUCCCCUGCCACCGUAGCAUCCUGGCCCUCUGCAGCCACUACUUCAAUGCCAUGUUCACUGGUGACUUCAUUGAGAGCAUCUCAGCCCGUGUGGAGAUCAAAGAGGUAAAUCCUGUUGUCAUGGAGACUCUGAUUGACUUUGCUUAUUCAGGAAGGAUCACCAUCAACCAGGGGAAUGUGGAGGCACUGAUCCAGACCUCCAACCAGCUCCACUUCCCCACCAUCCGGAAAGUCUGCAGCCGCUACCUGAGGCAGCAGAUGGAUGUGACCAACUGCUUGGGCAUCUGUGAGUUUGGGGAGAACCAUGGCUGCCCAGAGGUGUCUUCAAAGGCUUGGGCUUUUCUGCAGGAGAACUUUGAGGCUAUCUCACACCAGGAGGAGUUCCUUCAGCUGUCUAAGAAGAGGCUAGUAGUCUACUUGUCCAAUGACUUGCUGCAGAUACAGGAAGAGCAGAGCCUAGCCGAGGCCGUGCUUAGGUGGGUGAGGUACGAAGAAGCAUCUAGAGCUAAGCACCUGCCGGAGCUCCUAAACCUGGUGCACCUGGUUUCCCUACCUGACCAGUACCUACAGAACUUGCUUUCACUGGAGCCGCUGAUCCAGGAUUCGGAAGCUUGCAAGGCUGUCAUCUCCAAAUACAGGAGCACGGUGGAGAAUAGGCCUUUUGUCCAGAUGAGCCUGCUUGCCCUUCCACAGAAGCUGGAGGAAGUGCUGGUGGUGGUCGCAGGUCGAGCUUUGGAAGAGAACGAGGGGGAGGAAGUGGAGCUGCCGAUCUCCCAGAACUUCUCCUUUUACAAUCCUAAAACCAAGAGAUGGAUGGCCCUUCCUGACUUUCCAGACUACAAUAAAUGGGGCUUUUCUCUGGUGGCACUAAAUAAUGAUGUUUAUGUCACAGGUGGCUCCAGGGGGACACAGAAUGACACCUGGUCGACCACACAGUCCUGGUGCUUCCAUCUCAAGGAGGGUACUUGGAAACCCAUUGCACCAAUGCUGAAACCCCGAACAAACCACGCCAGUGCUGUCCUCAAUGGAGAGAUUUAUGCCGUUGGGGGGACCACGGUGGACACAGUGGAAGUGGAGUGCUAUGACCCCUAUAAUAAUAGCUGGUGCCCCAUCAGUCCUGCCCUGAAGUAUGUUAGCAACUUCACUGCAACUGGAUGUCUGGGGAAGCUCUACCUCAUUGGCUCUUGUGCUGUCAAGUACAAUGCACUAACCCUGCAGUGUUACAACCCUGUCAUAGAGGUGUGGAGUGCAAUUGCAUCUCCAUUCAUCCCGAAGUACCUCUCCGCCCCGCGCUGUGCCUGCCUGCACGGAGUGAUCUACCUCAUUGGAGACAACACAAAGAAGGUGUAUGUGUAUGAUCCAGAUGCUAACCUCUGGCAGAAGGUACAGCUGCUUCACACGCUGCAUGAAAACGGAGGCAUGGUGCCACUGGGAGGCAAACUCUUUGUGACAGGUGGACACUGGAAGGGACUGGAUGGUGACUACCGGGUGGAGAUGGAAGUUUACGAUUGUGCCAAGGAUAUUUGGACAAGGGAGGGAGCCCUGCCCUGCCUCUGGCUGUACCAUAGUUCUGCCUCCAUCUUCAUGGACACUUCAAAGUGGACGGAGCCCUUUUUGGGAAAUCAUGUCUGAUAGGAGAGGCUGGGACCCUAACUCAGGGCAAAAUGGGCCUGUCCAGGAUAUGGAAAGGCACCCAACGGCUUAUUUGUUUGAAUUAUCACCUUUUUUGCGCAUAUUUUGGCAUUCACCUUAGAUUAGAGCAGUGCUCUACAACCUUUUUACACCCAAGGUCACUUUUUAAAUCUCAGAACAGGCGAAGAUCUACCGCCUGGCCCCUUAUAGAAUCAUAGG